UAAAUAUCGGUAAAAAAUUUGUAGUCUCCAAACAAAUUAAAAAUAGAAAAUUUUGACAAAAAUACAAAUUGUUCAGGUUUUUACCUAUAAAAAUUUCAAAGUGAAUUUUUUCAUUUCAUUGCUUUAUAUUUGUUUUGUGCAAGAGAGUUAAGAUUGCAUCAUGUUUGGUCUAGCGCGUCGUGUUGUAUUCCGAGUGACCAAACAGCGACCACUAUGUCGCCAAUUUGCCUCGCAAGCCAUUAACCAGAUGCUGAUGCUGCAACAGAUGGACAUCUGUGCGGAUCAGCCCUCUCGCGGCCUGAUUAUUGGAGUCUACGCAGAUGAAGAGGACAAGAAUGACGCUGGCAUCCUAACGCAUGCCGGCUGGCGAUACAACGUCCAGAAGACCAACGGUCGCCUCAUCGAGGUGCUGCGCAUGUCUGGACCGAUGCCCAAGCGUGGCGAGGCUCGUCUCCUGUUCGCCAUUGAGCCCGAUCGUGUUCCCUACUAUUCCGUGGUGGCCGUUGUUGGUCUGGGCAAGGAGUGCCUGGGCUACAAUCCCUACGAGGUGCUCGAUGAGCAGAAAGAGGCCAUCCGUCGUUCCGUGGCAAAGGCCUGCCAGAUUCUGGCCGAACUGGACACAGAUCGAAUUGAGGUAGAAAACUGCGGACACGCUGAAUCUGCGGCGGAAGGCGCUGCCUUGGGCAUUUGGGCGUAUCAGGAAAUGCGCGACCCCAAGACGCGUAUUUCUGUGCCUUCCAUUGAUUUGUACGCUGUCAAGGACGAAGUCUGCGACAUUGAAGGCUGGCGAAUUGGCCUACAGAAAGCGGCUGCUCAGAACUUGACCAGACAACUGCAGGAGAUGCCUUCCAACUUGCUGACGCCCACAGCAUUUGCACAAAAUGUAGUCGAGGUGCUUUGCAAGUCUGGCGUCAACGUCGAAGUCAAGGUGGAAGGAUGGGCUGAGAGCCAGUCAAUGCACGCCUUCCUGGCGGUGGGCAAGGCUUCUUGUGAGCCUCCCAUCUUCCUGGAACUGAGCUAUUAUGGAACUUGUGCUGAGGAGCGACCCAUCGUGUUGGUUGGUCAAGGCAUUACCUUCGAUGCUGGUGGCUUGUGCCUGAAGAAACGCAAGGAACUCUACCACAUGCGUGGCGACAUGACUGGAGCUGCUGUUGUGGUAGCUACUUGUCGUGCAGUUGCUGGUCUGAGAUUACCCGUAAACAUUCGUGGUCUCAUUCCCCUUUGCGAGAAUGUGGUGGGAUGCAACUCUUUCCGUCCUGGUGACAUGGUUAAAUCUAUGAACGGAAAGACCAUCGAGGUGGAGUGCACGGAUCAUGAAGAUGUGCUUGUCUUGGCCGAUGCUUUGUUGUACGGUCAGAACUUCUGUCCCAAGUGCAUCAUUGAUAUUGGCACCUGCUCGGGCUACAUGCGACAGUCCUUGGACGAGGCUGCCUGUGGCGUCUUCACCAAUUCUGAGAUCCUCUGGCAGCAGAUCAAGCAUGCUAGCAUGCACACUGGAGAUCGCGUGUGGCGUUUCCCUCUGUGGAACUUUUACAGCAAGGCAGUCCGUGCUGGAGGCCGUUCUGAUGUCCAGAACUACGGCAUUGGACGUGGUGGACGUCCCUGCAAGGCUGCUGCCUUCCUCCGCGAGUUCGUGCCUUGCGGACAAUGGAUGCAUAUUGAUGCAACGAAUGUGAUGACCACCAAUGGCAUUGACUUCGAGUACUUGCGACGAGGCAUGGCUGGUCGCCCAACCCGAACACUAAUUGAAUUUAUCGCUCAAACCAUUUGCAAGGACACUGCACCCAAGAUGGGCAAAUAAUUUUAGAAGCCAUUGACCAUUGAUCAAAUCAAAUCAGAAAAAAAUCUUAAAAGAAGACAACCGGUCGUGUUAUCGUUUUUGCCCAAAUCCUUAGUCAAAAAACUAUUUUCGUUUAAUAAAAAUUUUCAUAUUUCAUAUUUGUUAAUGUACAUAAAA